UAAAAUAAAUAUGAAAAUCCCUAGAACCGCUGUUAGGUGUCAAUAGCUGUUAAGAAACUGUCAAAUUUAUAACAAAAAUGCCAAUGACACCACAAUUAUCACCGGUUGAAGAACAAGAAAAACUUCUUGAUGAAGCUUUAGCACAAGUAAAAGCACAAGCUUUUAAUAUGAAACGAUGGUUAGAUAAGAAUAAGUUAAUGGAUGCUUUAAAGCAUGCAAGUGCCAUGGUUGGUGAACUUCGAACAAGUUUAUUAUCACCGAAAAGUUACUACGAGUUAUAUAUGGCAAUCACUGACGAACUAAGACAUUUAGAAUUAUAUUUAGUUGAAGAAUUUCAAAAAGGACGUAAAGUUUGUGAUUUAUAUGAAUUGGUACAAUAUGCUGGAAAUAUUUUACCACGUUUAUAUUUAUUAAUUACAGUUGGACUUGUUUAUAUUAAAACAAAUCCAUUAUUAAAACGUGAUUUAUUAAAAGAUUUAGUUGAAAUGUGUCGAGGUGUACAGCAUCCAUUACGUGGUUUAUUCUUACGUAAUUAUUUGUUACAAUGUACACGAAAUGUUUUACCUGAUUCACCGGAAACAGAUAAUGAUCCUGAAGGCAAUGUUAAAGAUUCUGUGGAUUUUGUUUUAAUGAAUUUUGCUGAAAUGAAUAAAUUAUGGGUACGUAUGCAACAUCAAGGUCAUUCCAGAGAAAAAGAACGUCGUGAACGUGAACGGGAAGAAUUACGUAUUUUAGUUGGAACAAAUCUAGUACGAUUAUCACAAUUGGAAAGUGUAAAUUUAGAUAAAUAUAAAAAGUUGGUUCUACCUGGUAUAUUAGAACAAGUUGUCAGUUGUCGGGAUGCAAUUGCUCAGGAGUAUUUAAUGGAAUGUAUUAUUCAGGUAUUUCCCGAUGAAUUUCAUCUACAAACAUUAAACGCAUUUUUAAAAUCGUGUGCUGAAUUACAACCAGGUGUUAAUGUAAAAAAUAUUAUAAUCGUAUUAAUCGAUCGUCUAGCAACAUUUAGUCAACGUGUUGAAAACUCUUCGUCACAAUCAAAAGAUACAAAUAACACAACAAAUUCAGUAUCUGGUGAUAAUAUCGAUAAUACCGAUAAUCCUGAAAUCAUAUUAAGUAAAGUACAACUAUUCGAAGUAUUUAGUGAUCAAGUUGCAACAAUAAUACAAACACGUCAAGAUAUGCCACCAGAAGAUAUUGUAUCAUUACAAGUGGCUUUAAUAAAUCUAGCACAUAAAUGCUAUCCAAAACGUGUUGAUUAUAUUGAUAAAGUGAUGUCAACGACGGUGAAAAUCUUUGAAAAAUUGGGUAUUAAAAAAAUUGAAUCGAAAACACCAGUUUCGAAAGAAUUAAGUCGUUUAAUGAAAAUACCAAUUGAUCAUUAUGAUGAUUUAUUGACGGUUUUAAAAUUACAAUAUUAUCGUGAAUUAUUGGAAUAUUUUGAUUAUUCUGGACGGAAACAGAUUGCUGUUUAUUUGAUACAAAAUGCAUUGGAUAAUGAAACUUAUAUACCAACACAAGAACAAGUUGACACAAUAUUACAAAUGAUUUCCACAUUAAUAUGCGAUCAAAAAGAUCAACCACCAGCUCAGAUGGAAGAUCCGGAAGAUUUCAUGGAGGAACAAAGUCUUUUAGGUCGUUUUAUACAUUUAUUAAAAUCUGAUAAUGCAGAUCAACAAUAUUUGAUUUUAUCAAUCGCCAGAAAACAUUUUUCAACGGGUGGAUCAACACGAAUCAAAUUCACACUACCACCAUUAGUAUUUCAAGCUUAUCAAUUGGCAUUUAAAUAUAAAGCUCAACAAAAUGAGGAUGAAAUGUGGGAGAAAAAAUGUCAAAAAAUAUUCCAAUUUUGCCAUCAAACAAUAUCAGCAUUAAUGAAAGCCGAACUCGCUGAAUUACCAUUACGGCUAUUCUUACAAGGAGCACUUGCUAUUGGUGAAGUACAAUUUGAUAAUCAUGAAACAGUGGCAUAUGAAUUUUUAUCGCAAGCAUUUUCAUUAUACGAAGAUGAAAUUAGUGAUUCAAAGGCACAAUUAGCAGCAAUCACAUUAAUUGUAGCAACAUUUGAACAAAUGAAAUGUUUUGGUGAAGAGAAUGCUGAUCCAGUACGAACACAAUGUGCCCUAGCUGCAAGUAAAUUAUUGAAAAAACCAGAUCAAUGUCGUGGUGUUACAACAUGUUCACAUUUAUUCUGGAGUGGUAAAAGUUUAGCUACAAAUGGAGAAGAGAUGCGAGAUGGUAAACGUGUAUUAGAUUGUCUGAAAAAAGGUGCACGUAUUGCCAACCAAUGUAUGGAUGUUUCCGUUCAAGUACAAUUAUUUGUUGAAUUAUUAAAUCAUUAUUUAUUCUUCUAUGAAAAAGGAAACGAUCAAGUUAAUAUACAAAUAUUAAAUCAAUUAAUUGGUAAAAUACGUGAAGAAUUACCAAAUUUAGAAGUAUCAGAAGAAACUGAACAAAUCAAUAAACAUUUUGUAAAUACAAUUGAUCAUAUUAAAAAUCGUUUGGAAGGGCCUGAAUCUGAUAGUGUGUCAUAUGAGGAUAUUGCGAUAUAAGUAAACAUAAUAUAAAAAGAGGAUCAAUUCGUUCGCGAUGUUUUGAUCAAUGUUAUAAAGUUGUAUAUUAUUUUUAAUUAUAGUUAAUUG